AUGGUUGCAUUACUAUCAAUUUUUGCCGUAUGGUUGACAUUCUUCUCCAUUUGCUUCACAUUUUUACCAAUGCUUCAAGUAUUAAAUUGGAGAAAACGUGGUACUGCUGAUGGCUUCUCAUCUAUUAAUCUUGUUUUACCUGUCCUAAUGAUGGGUUGUUGGUUACGACAUGGAUAUAUGACGAAUGAUUUUACAAAUAUUUUCAUUAAUACAAUAAAUUUGAUUGUCUUUGUCGGUUAUAUCAUUGCAUUUGCAUUUUAUCAGCCUUGCCGUCGCUAUUUGUGCUUACAACUUUUUGCGCUCUUUUUCACCCUUUUUUGCAUCUUUUCUUAUGUCAAUUGGCAACCUAAUGAUGUAGCAGCUGAUGUGAUGGGUAGUAUUGCCGCUGCUAUGCAAAUUAUCAGUUUGGGUGGGCAAAUCUAUGAAAUCAAACGUGCAAUAUCAUUUGGUCAUACGGAAUUUAUUCCGGCUGAAAUGCAAUUUGGAAUCUUUUUAUUGGCAAUACAAUGGACUAUUUUUGGUAUUUUGAUUGAUAAUUACUACAUUGCUGUUGCUAAUUUUGCUGGACUUCUUGUAAAUAUUGCAACAAUAUCAUUGUAUUUCUUCUAUCCACCGCUUACUUGGAAAGUUCCAAUUAUUGGUACCGGACCACAGCAGAAGAAAACGGAAUAG